GCGCUGUCCGUUCGUGGACUUUGAAGAGUUUGAAGUCUGACGGAACCAGCAGCGUUUCGCAGGAAAAUCCCUGGAGAACGUCGAGAGUGAGCUCGCCUUCAUCGCUAUCACCCUUUUCGUCAUCUUCAGUUUUCUGCUGUGUCAUGGCUGGAGCCCUGAGCAUGACUGAAGCUCAGUUCCUCAACGUCUAUGAUAACGAGCUGAAUCUGAUGCCCUUUGACUAUAUCCCUCCAGUGGACAUCAAGACUGAGCCCUACAUACCAGAAACAGCUCAUGGCCCGUACAUCCAAAUCAUCGAGGAGCCCAAACAGAGGGGCUUUCGUUUCCGUUAUGAGUGUGAGGGUCCAUCCCACGGCGGGCUCCCAGGGGCCUCCAGCGAAAAGAACAGGAGAACCUACCCGACCGUGAAGAUAAACAACUACGUGGGCCAUGCCCGGGUAGAGGUCCAGCUGGUGACCCACACCGAGCCGCCUCGAGUCCACGCUCACAGCCUGGUGGGACGCCACUGCACAGAGAAGGGAACCUGCACUGUGGACGUCGGCCCCAACGACCUCACAGCAUCGUUCAGUAACCUGGGCAUCCUCCACGUGACCAAGAAGGGGGUGGUGGACAUUCUGAGUAGGAGGCUCAGGGACGAGAAGAUGAGACACAAAGGACCACUGAGACCUCUGACAGAGGCAGAGGAACUGAUCUGCAUAAAGGAGGCCAAGGAGCUGGGCAAGGUGAUGGACCUGAACAUCGUCAGGCUGCAGUUCACCGCCUACCUGCAGGACAGCAAUGGAGGCUUCACCCGAGCCCUGAAACCCGUCGUCUCCAACCCCAUCUACGACAGCAAGUCACCCAAUGCCUCCAACCUAAAGAUCUCCCGCAUGGAUAAGACGUGUGGCUCGGUGCUCGGAGGAGACGAGAUCUUCCUGCUGUGUGACAAAGUUCAGAAAGAUGACAUUGAGAUCCGUUUCUACGAGGAGGAGGAGGAGGGAGGUUGGGAGGCGUUUGGCGACUUCUCCCCUACAGAUGUCCACAAACAGUACGCCAUUGUGUUCAAAACGCCACCGUACCACAGUUCAGAGAUUGAGCGACCCGUCACCGUCUUCCUGCAGCUGAAGAGAAAGAAGGCUGGCGACUGCAGCGACCCAAAGCAGUUCACCUAUAUACCACAGGUCCCAGAUAAAGAGGAGGUGCUGAGGAAGAAGCAGAAGCCACUGCCUCACUAUGAGCCCUGGAGAGGGGGAGGAGGGGGAGGAAGAGGAGGAGGAGCUGGCAGCUUUGGAGGAGGAGCUGGAGGAGGAGGAUUUCAAUUCAACCAGCAGAUGAAUGGAGGGGGAGGAGGGGGGGGGGGGAACGGACUUUUCUUCACUGGAGGUUUCACAGGCUUCGGGGUAGGAGGGGCUCAGAUGUCCCAGUCCAGUCCUCAGACCGACGUUGGCCAGCAGCAGACUGUGCCGGUGCCGCCCCGGCAUCUGCUGCAGAUGGCUGCAGCUCUUCAAAGCAGAGCCUCGCAGAGCGCCAGACAAACCGCCGCUGCCCUGCUGCAGUACUGCAGCACCGGGGACGCGCAGGUUCUACUGGCGAUCCAGAGACACCUGUGUGGUGUCCAGGACGCCAACGGAGACACUCCGUUACACCUGGCCAUCAUCCAUCAGCAGACGGGUGUGAUCCAGCAACUAAUCCACACUCUGCUCAGCAGCCAGCAGCAGGACAUCCUCAGCACGGCCAACCACCUCCGACAGACCCCGCUUCACCUGGCAGUGAUCACCAAACAGGCCAAGGUGGUGGAGGUGCUGCUCAGGUCAGGCGCCGACCCCAGUCUGGUGGACAAAGAUGGCCGCAGCCCCCUGCACCUGGCGGCUCUAGGCGGUGACACCACGAUGCUCCGCCUCCUGCUGGCUCACCUGGGAGAACGCUACGCUCACCUGGUCAACACGCCAGACUACCACGGGCUCAACCCCUUCCACCUGGCUGUGAGGAGGGACGGUGAGCGCGCCCUCCGCCUGCUGGUGGAUGGAGGAGCAAGGAUUAAUGCAGUCGACCAGAAGAGUGGAAACACGGCGCUUCACCUGGCUGUCAGAGAAAACCUGUUUAAGGUGGCCUGCACGCUCAUCACGGAGCUAAAGGCGGACGUCAAUGCCGUCACCUUUGGAGGGAACACGCCGCUGCACCUGGCUGCCGGUCUGGGCUCACCAACCCUCUGCUCCAUGCUCAUCGCUGCGGGCGCCGAUAAGAACCUGGAGAACGACGAGCCACUCUUCAGCAGCUCCUCGGAUGAAGAGCAGGACGGAGACGAGGUCAGAGAGCAAGGACCCGCCCCCUUGCCACCACUCAACCCUCGCAAGAGACAUGCAGGACACACACCUCUGGACCUCGCCAAGUGUCUAAAGGUGAGGAAGCUAUUAAACUCCAGACACAGUCCAAAGAUGAGUCGCCGCGGCAGCAAGGAGUCAAAACAAACCAGCAUCAAAGAGGAGGAGGACUCGGGCCUGGACGAGGAGACGCUGUGUCGGCUGGUGGACGUGCUCGGCGAGGGAGAUGUCCCCUGGAGGAAGCUGGCCGAGAAGCUGGGGAUGAUGACGCUGACUCCUUAUUACCAGGACAGUCCGGUGCCCUGCCAGCACCUGCUGCAGCACUACAGGCUGGGUGGAGGCCCGGUCGAAGGUCUGGUUGAAGCGCUUCAGUCUCUGGGUCUGACGGAGGGAGUACGAGUUCUGACCAACGCUAGGCUACGGGCCGACAAACACAGCACAGAUGCCACGGUGGACAGCGGCUUCGGCAGUCAGCCAAUGGAAGACGAGGAGCCUCCGUUAACCAACGAGUGAGAAGCAGGAAGUGGAGGCGUCGUCCUGAGAGCUGGACUUUAAUGAUGACGCUGAUUUCAGCCAGAAGACAAGGAUUAAGUCCAGACUCAGUGAAUCAAUGGUUCACAUUAGACAUUUUAAGCAUCUGGACAGAAAAACUUUCACACUGAACACAGACAAUGAGGUUGUAUCAUAAGGAGUCAAAUUUCUCCGUUCGCUUUGUUUUUGUAACAUUUAAUUUAUAUGUUUUGUCUCAGUUCUGAGGGUUAGUGUAUGAUGGAUGCUUGGUAUUUAAACCAGAAAAAUGACACUUCGGUUACGUAUCAAGUGUUUUUAGGAUAAACAAAGUUGACACGUUUACGGUCUGUUACCUUGAAGGACUCUGCAUGUCUUACCUGUCGGACCCACAACUCCACCUGAUGUCCGCGUUGUUAAUGCUACAAAGACUUUGAAUGUCGUCACUGACAAAUUUUAAAUCUUGCCAUUAAAUAUGUUUAAAACCAA